AUGGAUACUCAAGUUAUUUCAAGAAUUUGUUCGAAUAUCUUACCUCAAAUUCAUUCACAAGUACAUAAACUUACUGUUGAAGAAUAUUCAAUGAAACAAAUUCUUCUUGCUGCCAACUAUCCUCAACUUUAUUCAUUAUCACUUUUCAAUUUUCAAGAAGUAACACUUCAUCAAUAUUUAAGAGGUAAUGGUUUUAAUUU